ACGAGGUCUCUCCAUCCAGAGUCAUUCGUUGUUUGGGCUCCGCGUUGUUUGGACGUGUUUUUUCAAUCGGCGCGUUGUCUCUCGAAAAUCCUCUGACAUUGCCAGCUGUAUUUUGGUUGAAGAACUCAACUUCAAGUCAAGGAUUGCAAAACGGGCGUUUGGCAUUGCUCAUACGCAGCGUGUGACGUGCUUUAAUAGCUACAAAAGGAAUCUAAAAGAGGGUUUGCCGCAAUCCAUGCCCAUCGUUUGACCGCAGAGUACUCACCACAUUAACCGGAUAACCAAAAUGGUGCAGGAUCAGGGAGAAACCAUAUCCCUGCCAGAGACUCUGCUGAAGAUCGCCAAGCGGGAGCUGCGCGAGGAUCGGUGCACCAGGGAGCAGAGUCUGGAGCAGCUGCGGAACUGGGUGGCCAAGAACGAGGAUCUGCAGAAUGUGCGAUGCGACGAUACCUUCCUGCUGCGCUUCCUGCGGGCCAAGAAGUUCAGUGUUCCCAUGGCGGAGCAGACGCUGCUCAAGUACCUGAACAUCCGACGCACCUUCCCGCACAUGAGCACCCAGCUGGACUAUCUGGAGCCGCGACUGGGCGACCUCAUCGACCAGGGAUACAUCUUCGCGGUGCCCCAGCGGGAUAAGCACGGCCGACGGGUGGUGGUCAUCAAUGCCAAGGGUCUCAAUCCGAAAAUCCACACCAGCUGCGACCAGGCGAAGGCGCACUUCCUCACCUACGAGUGCCUGAUGGAGGACCAGGAGACGCAGAUCACAGGACUCACCCACGUGGGUGACUUCGCUGGUGUGUCGACAGCCCACGUGACCAACUGGAAUCCCACGGAGUUCGCCCGCAUCUUCAAGUGGGGCGAACAGUCGCUGCCCAUGCGCCACAAGGAGAUCCACCUGAUCAACGUGCCCUCCACCCUGAAGUGGCUCAUUGACUUCGUGAAGAACCGGGUCAGUUCCAAGAUGAAGAACCGCCUGAUCAUCUACGGCAGUGAGAAGGAGCUGAUGAAGAGCGUGGACCAGGGCUGUUUGCCCCUGGAAAUGGGCGGCAAGAUGCCCAUGCGCGAGAUGGUCGAGCUGUGGAAACAGGAACUGGCGGCCAAACGGGAUCUGAUCCUCGGUCUCGACAAGAGUAUCCUGCUGUCCGAUCGGGGAAUCCAAAGGAGAAGCAGCUUCAAUGCGGAAAAGGCCUCCAACGGCGGACCAAACUUCGUGUCACAAAUCGAAUCCAUCGAAGGCAGCUUUCGGAAACUGGAGUUCGACUAGCCGUCCCAGUUCCCGUCUAGUUCGUAGUUUUUAGUCCUUAGUCCUUAGGCAUCAUUUGUUAACCCAAAAUGCGCGCAACGCUUCGCCGGUCCCCCGAUCCUGGCCAGAGCCGAUCCCGGGGAUCCCCGCUUGCUUAUCGGUGGCACCCGCUUUACUCAUCCUGCGCUUCUUUGUAUACUGUUUGUGUUUGGCGUACAAUAAACGAGAGGAAUAAUUUGGAA